AUUUAUUUAUUUCGAAGUUGGUUCUUGUCGCGGUCAGACCACGUGUCUCAAUUGUAGCUUUUAUUAUCUUAUCUACGAACGUGCGGACUCAAUUUGGGACUCGUUUGUGAGAGUUCCUACAAGAGUAUAUUUUGCAAAUUCUAGAAAUUGGAGCAAUCUCUAACAACUGAUGUCGUACUGCAAGAGAUUUCAUCAGUUGCUAUUACCAUUGGGUUAUGACACGUUUCGCUACUUGAUGUGAACGUGCUGGUGAUAGCCUAACAACAGUACGCUUGAAACUCUUGACUUUGUUCUUAGCUGGAUUCUUUGGAACUCAGGAAAAAAUACUAGUAAGUGUCUUUUUCAUACGUUACAAGAUUCACAUUUAUUCUCCGACUUUAUUAUUUUAACAUGAUAUAUAUAGUUUCACCCAUAAAUUUAUCAACACUUCUAUUUUGCUUUGUAUUUACAAAAUUACACCAUCCAAAAACAAUAUAAACGUUUAAUUAUUAUUCUUAAUCGUACUGCACGCUAAUGUGAGACAAAAUGACAGUUGAGUCAUUCGUUCAAAAGUUUAGCUAGACUAGAUGUCACGUUUUCUUCAUUAAGGGCCGUACCGUUUUUCAAUGAUAAUUUAAACUUAGAUUUCAACUUAAACUCGGUUUAAACAAACGCGUUGUUAGAAUAGAAUUUAAACUUAAAUCCAAGUUUAAACUGCUAUUAAAAAACUAAGUGUUUUUCUCAGCGAAGAAAAAUAGAGAAUCAAUACUGAAGAGCUAUUCGCUAGUUACCAUUCGAAUGCCGAAAAAGAUCCAUAUUAAAGAUAUAGUUGUGCAAUUUUCAAUUUAUGAUAAUAUUGAACUCGCGAUUUUCUUGGCCAGUAGAUAACUCUCAACGUCGUUGAGCGUGUUUAGUUGAAUAUGGGUCAUGUUUGGUCACGUCUUAUGCAUGUUGCACGCCGUUAUUAAAUUUAACAGAUCGGCUUGGAAGCUUAUAUGUAAGCAGCGUUAAAGCUUAGUCACAAAUGUUGCGUUGUAGUCAGCUUAAUCCAUUUAAGACGUCGUAGUGGAGUUGAUCGCUUCUAACCGACGCGACUAAGCCUUUGUUUCACGAGAACUAGUAAUACUAGACAUGUAACAUGACAAGACUUUCAUGAAAUUAGAUUCUAGCGAUUACAAGAUAAACGAGAUCGCUUAGCGCCAAUUUAAUUAAUACAGCACAGUUCUUAAUUUCAUGCCCCAGUAAUUCAAUCGUGACUGACAAAUGUUGCUACUAAAAUGAGGAAACGUUAUUUUAUUAUUAUUAUUAUUAUAUUAAAAUAAAAUAUUGUAAUCGUGUGACAAUUUUUAUAAUAAUAUAUUAUCACAUAUCCUAUUUAUUUAGGAGGAAUAAAAGUAUUCAAGGUUGUUUCGCAAAAAUAAUAAAGUUUGUCGUUAAACAUUCACGCUUAAAAGAUCUAACAGUUUCGCGAUAACGCUGGCAACAAUUUGGUGUCGUCAAAUUGAAUAAAAUAUUGUAAUCGUGUGACAAUUUUUGUAAUAAUAUAUUAUCACAUAUCCUAUUUAUUUAGGAGGAAUAAAAGUAUUCAAGGUUGUUUCGCAAAGAUAAUAAAGUUUGUCGUUAAACAUUCACGCUUAAAAGGUCUAACAGUUUCGCGAUAACGCUGGCAACAAUUUGGUGUCGUCAAAUUGACGUCAAAUUGACGUCUUUAGUUGCGAAAUGUUACAUAAUUACAUAUUCAACUUUUAUUGCAAGUAACGUUUCUUAAUAAUCCAAGCUACGAAGAAAUGCGAUGGAAGUGCAGUUAAUACAUAUCGAGAAAGGAAAUUGCUUACACGUAUAGAACUGCAUCCGUCCAAACAGAUGUCACGUUCGUUGAACAAACUACGUGUUAACGCGACGGAUGGAUUUUGUUGAUACAGUUGCACCGACAAUGAUAAUUGGCUAUUGUUAUUGAACAAGUGGAAUAAUGUCUCUGAGCGCUUAUGCAGUUCGCUCGAUCCACUUGAAUGUUUAUCCGGACGAGUUUCGUGUGUUCGUUCAUUCAAACAGUCGCAAGCUUCCUCGGCACGGCGAUAACGCCGCAUAAUUGCAUCGCACCGCUCUGAAUAUCGUCGAAGCCAUUGCAGUCGCCGGUCCUAUCAUCCGGAGCGUGAAUGCUCGUGAUUUAAAUGCGUCACGCGUGGGCUGAUAUCAAGGGAGCAAAGUCGUCAACGCGAAUCACUUUGAAAACCGGUGAGAACGGUAUUAUGGCUCAAGAGAUAAAGGCGAUUAUAACGAAAGACAGCAGCAAUCUCGAGAGCCGCGCGAUAAUAGCUCGCUAGCAGCGCCUGAUUUUUCCAAAGGAUUCAACCUACGUACUAAGUACGCAUAAAAAGGAGGAAGGCGUGAAGCUAGUUUGCAGACGUCUGAAAGCUUCGUGGACGUAGAAGCCUUGAUCUUUGAUUUGCGCAUGUUCUUCAAAUUUACGGUCGAGCCAGUAUUAUCGUCAAUAGUAAAUGUUUGAAAGCGGAAAGAGAAAUACAUCCGAUCCCGAAAUUCUCUCUGUGAUUUAUUCGACGGAGAAGUCGCACAGGAAGCGAUUUGAAAUUCAUCGAUCCUGAUAAGUAAUGGCGCACUGACUCGGCACGAAGUAGAGGAAGUGCAUUGGAACACGAGGUGCAGUCGAACGCAGUCAGCGCGCACCGACAGGAGGAGACCAACGUGAAAGAGAGACAGAGAAGAUUCUCGAAGUUCUGAAUGCAGUGAGGAUACACCGUCCGUGUUCCUCGCGGGGAAUCGUGGAGGGAGAAGGAAAUUGAAGGUGGGAACUGCCGGCGAAGGUGCGCGCGUCAUCCUUGGGAAAGAUACAUCCAGUGCAUCGUAGGUCACGGAUUUAAAUGGACGAGAUAUCGCGCUGACGAAAAGCGCGAUUCGCGUGAAGUUGUGUCCCGUUCGAGACAAUUUUUCGAUUAAUAUCGAUACAGAGAAUAUCAACGAAAGAUUUGUGAAGAAAUCGUGCGGCAGGAUCAGAUACGGUAUUUACACAUCCAAGAAAGAUAUUCAUCCUUUGUUUAUAAACAAGGAAGAACGUUGAACUUGACGCUCAGUGUUGCAUGAACGAUUUGCUAAUAGUUGAAGCAUCAGAGUGAUUAUUCUCCUCUCAGGCAAGAAAGAAAAAGCUGUGAAACUGAUAUAUCAUUUUUCAUCGAUCCAUUGAAGACGGGUAUGCAUCAAUUUAAAUAAUUAUAGUCACUAUCGAAGAGUCAAUGGAGGAUUUCCAAGUUCAACAUAGAAUUAACAUUAUACGGAUGAGUUAUUAAUUGCGAUAGAGUCUCUUUUUCUUAGUUAAGAAGGGAAAAACUUGGUGCUCCAUUUAAUUCAACAUUGGCAACACAAGUCAGUACUGAUCACUUUCUUCAACUGUCUUGCUCAAAACAGGAAUUGCUCGUCACUUUCGUGUGAUUAUCCUUUAGAGUUUCCAUCGUGUAAUUAUUCUUCAGCUCCUAGUGGCAGUGGAGAAGUUUCUCGGAGUUUUCAUACGUCGCUAAAUCCGCUCUAGAGGCGCACCAAAAAGAGAAGCAACUGCGAGGUCAAAGCCGUCUGGGCCGCAGAGUUUCAAGACGAGCUGUAUUUGUGACUGCGAGAGAAGUAAAGGAGAACGAAAAAGGAGAAGUCUGAGAGGAAGAGACAGAUCGAUAAAGGGAAAAAGAUAGAGCAAGGGAGACAGAGAGAAGCGGAUCUGCACGGGAUUCAACGUAAAACCGAUUUAACAAGCGCGCACGUGGUUAGUCUAGGUCUGAAGGAGAAAUAAAGAGAAGACAUUUCGUUGAACGCGACGAGGGGAAAGUCCAAAGAUAGACGGAGAAGGAAAGACGAUUCAACAGAGAGGAGAAAAAGGGACAAGAGCGAAAAGGAGAGAACAAGAAAGAGCGACAGAGAAACCGAAGUUGCCGGUUUAGAUCGAUAGAAGGGAAGAAGGGCCACGACCCUUCCUGAAACUAGUCCUCGAGAUGAGUAAGAGCAGUUUGACAAGCUCGCACGUGGUCGGCGACGUGUUCGAAGAGGCUGUCUUGAAGAAGGCACGAUGGCGAAAUCUCGUCGCUUUUUGGAUAUUGGGCUUGUGCAACAAUUAUGGCUACGUCGUGAUGUUGAGUGCAGCCCACGACAUCCUCGACAGCAAGUUUGGCGACAAGAAUUCCACAACGGGAGAAGAGGAAACACACGUGCCUGGAGUCCGGACGUGUAACGCAGUCUCCACUGGUGCCAUACUUUUGGCAGAUAUUCUACCCGCGUUGGCGAUCAAGGUUACUGCACCGUUUCUGCCGUUUUUAGUGCAUGCUCGACUGGCUACCUGUGUGUUAUUUUCCGCUGCAGGAUUUCUCCUGGUAUCGUUGAGCACGACUGAAUGGCUCGCCAUUCUGGGCGUCGUCAUAACAUCGCUCUCCUCUGGCUUGGGUGAAGUUACCCUUCUCAGUUACAGUAACCAAUACCCCAAACAGGUAAUCUCGACAUGGUCGUCGGGCACAGGAGGCGCCGGAGUAAUUGGCGCUGCGUCUUACGCCGGACUCACUAUGCUGCUGUCCAUCGAGCAUACGUUGUUGGUCAUGUUGAUCGUACCGGUGUUGCAAGCGAUCACAUUCUGGUUUAUCUUGAAGCAUCCGGCGCACACCAGAAUACCAAUCACCAAGAACGGCGUCGAGAGUCAGGAGCAAAUCAUCAAGGUCCCUCAAAAGACCUUCAGGGACAAGAUCGCCCUGGUGCCAGGCUUGUUGAAGUACAUGAUACCCCUUGCCCUGGUUUACCUCUUCGAGUAUUUCAUCAAUCAGGGCCUGUACGAGCUCGUCGAAUUCAAUAACAUCUGGUUGACACAUGCCCAGCAAUACAGAUGGCUACAAGUGGAUUACCAGAUAGGUGUAUUCAUCUCAAGGUCGUCGGUGAACUUGAUUUCCAUCAACCGGAUUUGGAUUAUGUCCGUGUUGCAGUUCGUCAACGUCAUAAUCCUUCUGUUCGAGACCCUUUAUUAUUACAUACCGAAUAUAUGGAUAGUUUUCGCUAUUGUAUUGUGGGAAGGUCUGCUCGGCGGCGGAGCGUACGUCAAUACUUUCUAUCGGAUGUCUACUGAGAUCCCGAGAGUGGAUCGCGAGGCCUCUCUGGGAAUUGCUACGAUGGCUGACUCCAUUGGCAUCACGUUGGCAGGAUGGAUGUCUAUGCCAGUGCACAAUGCUAUUUGCAAGUUACCGCAGCCGACGCGAUUAGGCAGCUAGAGAUAUCGCGGACCCUCGCCAGCUAUCAAGUGAUAACGAGGUUUCCGUAAGCAAACGGAAACUUCCGCUUUCGAAAGUUCCUUGACGCGACACGUCGGCGUUUGAAGGCGAAGGAUAAAACGUACCUCUUAAACAUUUAAAGAUUACAGCGUAGAUUGAACGUAAGUGCUUGAUCGCGCGAGCAAAAGCGAUCGAUAUGCCGGACUCAGGUGAUCCUCCAAGGUGAGACGGGGGCUAGCUAGAGCUAAAAGUCAGCGAAAACAUGAGAAAACAGCGGAAACAUCAACUGGAAGCGCUCGGGAAAAAUUGUAUCCGGGAUAAAAGCGGCACGGUUGUGGAUUUUUGUCGUCCUGUACAACUUAUAAGGAUACAAACAAAGGAUGUGUACAAACUCUGUCUUUCGUAUAUUAUCUUUUCAGAGGAAUUUUAUAAAAGCACUAGCUUAGAGAGAAACCUUAUAGAUUCACUCGGCGCAUCUUCACGUCCUUUUGAUUACAAACGUCCGAGUAUUAUUUGGUACAAACUUUUAAAAGACUAGGAACAGGGCAUUUUGUCGCACAUACACUCACAACGUAUAAUGUCAAAUACAGCACGUGACAUGAAAUAUAAACGGUACGUGACACACGAACACCGUUUGCAUCUUCAUCGUGAAAAACUAGAGAAAUUCCUUUCGAGAUACUGCACCCAGAUUUCUGGUUGUACUCUAUAGGCCUACGGUAUCGCGCUGAAAUUUUUAUUUGUGCGUAGGUCCAUCUCUUCUGAGAUAUAGUGUUUAUCAAAAUUCGGACUUGUACUGUAGUCUGGUUUUCUCUUUCUACACUGAGGGAAAACUUACCUUAAAAUCAAUUAAUAUUUCUUUGAUAGGUGCCAUUAACAUAUUUACUUAAAUCUAAAUUCUGUUUACUUAAAUCAAAUAUUAUUUACCUGAUUUAAGUAAACAAUAUUUGGCUUAAAUAAAGAGAAUUUAGAUUUAAAUAAAUAUGUUAAUGGCACCCACAUUAAAGAAAUAUUUGUUGAUUUUAAUUUUUCCCUCAGUGUACGCUAGAACGAGUCAAUUCUGCGACUGUGUAUAGUUGAUUUUGUUUUUCAGAUCGUUACCAUAUCUCUGACUAACAACGAUAAAACGUAAUGUACAAGUAUUCUCGCGUGUCGAUAUCGAAAAGUAUUUCAGUAUUAGUAGAUAGAGUAACGAGAGUCGACACGAUACAAAAUUGUAAUGACACACUCUUGGAUUACAUUGUCCAUUCGUUUGCGGACUAGAUAUAAAAAUUACUACUUCAAACUACCAUGGCGGUUUAUACUUUGAUAUUAACGUAUUCAUUGUACAUUUUUUGAUUGAGAUAUUGUGAUUGAGUAUUACGACUUUUACAUCCAUUUUAAUAAAAUGGCUGUCGAACAACGAAGAGAUUGAGUAGUAUUCUCUGGUGUCAUAAUCUUUUUUGCCGAAACGUUUAUAUGAAUGUCAAUGAUUCAAAAAAGCAACAACCCAACAAAUUUUAUAGAAGUUUCCGCGAUAUAUAUAUAUUUUUUUAAAUUAUAUAAAUUGUUAACAAAUAAUUUAAUAUAAUUUAUGCUACUAUCUUAUAUUUGAUAAAAACAAAAUAAUAUAAUAUUGUAUAAUAUGAUAUAUAAAUUACGCUAUAAUUAUAUUAAUAUACUAUUCAAAUAUGCUAUUAAUAUUUAAUAUUGUAUAGAAAACGAAAAAAAUGAAAUAAUAAUUAAACUGUCGCGAAUUCUGAAUAUUAGAAAUUGGACUUCUGUCAGACCAUAAACGACUUUGAAUUGUUGCUUCUUGAAACGAUGCUAUUGCGAUUUAAUGACGCUUCGUUGUUUUCAGAUCGACACUUCUCCGGUUAUGUUUUAUCAAAAUACUUCGUCCCAAGAACCUCCUUUUAGAACCGUAUUAAUAAUUGUUAUUUGAAACUCAAGUGAGAUGUUCGGGUAAAAUACUCAAAUUUUAAUUUAAAGUUAGAGGUAAAUCUUUUAAUUGAAUCGCGAUUGCAAAUGUAAUGUAUAUAUUGUAUGACUUAAAUAGAAAACUCAAAUCUAAUUCUAAAUUGAUAUCUGAGUAUCUCACGUGGACAAAUUUUAAGUAAUAACUAUUAAUACGGACCGUAAUGAUGCACGACUCACACAUGUGAUGAGACAAUGUUGAACUUUUGUAUUUCAGAGAAUAUUUCUGUAAAUAGUGAAUAUUAGGUGUUAGAUAAUUUACGUUUACUAUUUUUCGAUAUUGUAGCUCUUCUUGAGGAUAACUUGGAGAAUAGCCGCGAUAACGGAUAUUACUAUUGUCUCAAUGUAAAGCGAAUAUUUUACUCUUACAGUGAAAUAAAUGCCUAAUGCAAUUCUCUAU